UCGCAAACGUGCUGGGAGCGUCCACGAUGCGUAAUUCAACCUACCAAGGCAUUGCAAGUGUCGCAGGCAAUGAAAAUAAUAAGCUUCCUCCGGAUACCUUUCGCAGUUCGAAGCGGCGGACAUUCACCGAACCCUGGAUGGGCUGGCAUUGACUCUGGCAUUUUGAUCGACCUCUCUCGGAUGAAUAGUAUGAGCAUUAGCAAAGAUGCCAAGACGUUCACAGUUGGACCAGGUGCUCGGUGGGGUAAAGUGUACGAAUACCUGGACCCAUACAAUGUGACCGCUGUGGGUGGCCGAGUGGCUCAGGUCGGAGUUGGAGGUUUGCUACUUGGAGGUGGCAUCUCUUACUGGACUGGCGAGUUUGGCCUAGCAACUGACAAAGUCGCGAACUUUGAAGUGGUGCUUGCAGAUGGUUCAAUUGUGAAUGCCAAUGCGCAGCAAAGGAGUGAUCUCUUCUGGGCGCUCAAAGGUGGCGGUCCGAACUUUGGUAUCGUCACCAAGUUUGAUCUGCACACAAUCCCGAUCAAGAACAUCUGGUAUCAGCUCAACGUCCAUAGCGUGGACCAAGCCCCGGCUUUACUGGAAGCAUUUGCGGAAUGGCAAAAGUCGCCGGACAACAAAGGUUCUGUGGCCAUGGUCAUCAGCUUGACAUCCAUCGUCGUGGGCCUGAUAUAUUCAAGGCCAGUUGAGAAGCCAGAAACCUUCGAGGCAUUCUACAAAAUUACUCCUCUUGCAACUGUUGUGCCAUCUACUAUCGGUACGGUCCAGAAGUUGAACUUAUUGGGCGGAUCCAGUUCCAGCGCGGCACCUGCUCCAAGGCACGACUACCGGGGCGCCAGCAGUAAGAUAGAUGCAGACCUCUACAAGUCCGUCUACAAUGUUUGGAAAGGCGAAGCCACCGCUGCACACGCCGCAACUGGUGCUAACAUGACCUUUGUGCUACAACACAUCCCAAAGAACGUUGUCGAUCAAGGUAAUUCCAACGGCGGAAACACUCUUGGUCUGGAGCCUAUAUCUCAGCAAUGGUGGACGACCCUAGUCGACUGGACUGAUGCGAAAAACGACGACGUUGCAAGAAGCGUAGGAAUCGCGACGACUAAGAAGUGGAAGGAACUCAGCACCGCUCGUAACCUGCAGAUUCCGUUCCUGUACAUGAACGAUGCAUCCCGGGACCAGAGCCCACUGGAUACGUAUCCGGCCACGAACAUUCAGCGAAUGAAGACGAUCGCAGCGAAGUAUGACCCGCUUCGUGUUUUCCAGACGCUACAGAAUGACGGUUUCCUCUUGUCGAAAGUCAAGCAAUGA